CGAAUGCGCCGAGCCCAGCACCGGCGAGCCCGCCCUCCCGGAUGACCCAUCUGGCGUCCAGUCUCCUAGCAACGACGCUAGACUCCUCCAACCGCUCUUGCCAUCCGCACGCGCCACCAUCUACCUACAAGCCCCCUGUAGGCGGCCAGUAAAGCCCUAUACACCCCUCAAACUCCAGACCCUCCACUUCGAUUUACUUUCAUCUUCUACGCCACCCCAACAAUUUGCUCUGAAUCAACCCCUUUCCUUUGUCCCCCAAUUCUCUGAGCUUCUCUAUCCUCAUACCAUCCUGGGUUCCUCCAUUCCCAGGGGCUGUCCAAGCUGCUCUGCUCCUCUUCGUUCAAAUCCCUCCCCAAGCCAGCAGCUUUUAGAUCAUGCCUGGAGAUAAGCCUACCCAGAGUCCAGAGGAAGGCGGUGUGUGCAUUACUGAAGCCCUUAUCACUAAGCGGAACUUGGCCUUCCCUGAGGAUGAGGACCUGUCAGAGAAGAUGUUCCACACGCUUGCUGAACUGCAGACUGUCCGCCUGGACCGGGAGGGAAUUACCACUAUCAGGAACCUAGAGGGCUUCCAGAAUCUUCACAGCCUCUAUCUGCAAGGGAAUAAGAUCGAGCGAAUUGAGAACCUGGCCUGCGUCCCCUCCUUACGCUUCCUGUCUCUGGCAGGAAACCGAAUCAGGCAGGUGGAAAACCUCCGCGACCUCCCACACCUCCAGCUUCUGGACCUUUCUGAGAACCUGAUAGAAAUACUGAAGCUGGACGAAUUCCCCGAGAGCCUUCUCAUCCUCAACCUGACUGGAAACAGCUGCACCAACCAGGAGAGCUACAGGAGGCUGGUGACAGAAGCCCUGCCACUGCUCCUGGACCUAGACGGGCAGCCUGUGGCAGAGCGCUGGAUCUCGGAUGAGGAGGAUAAAGCCUCAAGCAAUGAGGACGAGGAGUUCCCAGAGCUGAGAGGCCCGUUCUGCUCAGAGCGAGGCUUCCUCAAGGAGCUGGAGCAGGAGAUGAGCAGGCACCGGGAGCACAGGCAGCAGACAGCCCUGCUGGAGCACCUACUGAGGGUGGAGAUGCGGCCAGCCCUCACCGACCUCCCACUGCUGCCAGGGGCGCCCAUGGCCGGGAACAGCAGCCCUUCCGUCACUCCCAGGCAAGGGAAGGAGACAUCCCCGGAGCCCGUCUCCUUGCCACAAGCCUCUUCUGCCACCAAGAAACCAUGCCUUCUGGCUUCCAGGAGCCAGCAAAGCACUGUUCAGGCAGGGAAGGGGGCCAGAGCGGCCGCAGCCGCCAAGGCCUCGCCGGCUGGGGCCCCCAGCACGACAAAAACUGUGACCAAAAAAAUCAAGAAGUGAAGCGCAGCCCAUCGCUACCAGCAAAGCCCCAGGAACACGGAGAAACGAGUAGUGGAGUGGGUCUCCCCUCCCCCUCAGAGCCCUCGCCUGUGACAGGAGCCUGUCCCCAAUAAAGUAUCUCCAGGCCCUG